AGGAAGGGGAGAGAAGGGGGGGCCCCGCGGGCGCUGUGGCGGUGCCGGAGCAGCGCACCUCCUCACCUCUCUUCCGAACAAUGCGUGCACACCUCGGGCCUCGGCUCCUGACUGUGCCUCUCCUCCUCUGCAGGUGCAGAUCUGGAAGAGACUGGAAAGGAGGGUGCGAAAAGCAGGGAGGUGAUGAGGCUCAAUAAAGAAGAUAUGCACUUAUUUGGCCAUUAUCCAGCUCAUGAUGAUUUCUAUCUUGUAGUGUGCAAUAUCUGCAAUCAGGUAGUCAAGCCACAGGUUUUCCAGUCGCACUGCGAACGAAGACACGGUUCAAUGUGCAAACCUUCCCCUUCUCCAGCUUCUCCAGCUUGCAAUUCCAGGACAUCCCUAGUGCAGAUGAAACCGAAAUCCUGUAUCAGCGGCCAUAACCCUGUCAGCAGCAACUCAAAGCCAUUCAAAACGCCCAAAGACAAUCUACUUACCUCCAGUAGCAAACAGCACACAGUCUUUCCUUCAAAAGUUUCGAGGGAUAAACCAUGUGUUCCUGUUCCAGUAGUCAGUCUAGAGAAAAUUCCUAAUCUAGUGAAGGCAGAUGGUGCCAAUGUUAAAAUGAAUUCUGCAACCACUACCACCAUCACCUCCUCCUCAGCCUCGUCAUCCACCAUACCUGCUCCAACCUUGGUUAAAUCUGGUUUGACAACCAAGUCAGUGCCGCCGUCGCCAGAAAAGAUUCUGAACGGCAAAGGAAUUAUAGCUCCAUCAAUAGACAAGAAACACCAAAAUGGCACUAAAAGCAGUAACAAGCCUUACAAAAGACUUUCAGAAAGAGAAUUUGACCCAAAUAAACACUGUGGAGUACUGGAUCCUGAAACAAAGAAACCUUGCACAAGAUCGCUCACCUGCAAGACUCAUUCACUUAAUCAUCGACGAGCAGUUCCAGGCCGUAAAAAACAGUUUGACAUCCUUCUAGCUGAACACAAAGCUCGAUCCAGGGAAAAAGAAGUCACAAAAGACAAAGAGCAUCCACCAUCGGCAAGGGAAAGCUAUCAGAGCCAGCCCACACCAGCACAAGACUCUCUGUCAGGAUCUUCAGUGAACUCUGGACAAGAAUCUAAAGUAACAUCUCCUGCAAAAUCUAGACCACCAAAUUCUGUACUUCCAAGACCAUCAUCUGCCAAUAGCAUAAACAGCAACAGUUCUUCAAACCACAGUGGGUAUGUACCAGAACUGCCACUGCCUUCCAUGGGAGGAGAUUUAACUAGUAGAUUGUCCAGUGAUGAAGGAGAAGUGGAUGGAGCUGAAGAAUCUGAGAAAUUAGACUGUCAUUUUUCUGGACACCAUCCCAGACCUCUUGGGUUCUGUUCGUAUGGUAGUCGCUUAAUGGGAAGAGGGUACUAUGUCUUUGACAGAAGAUGGGACCAUUUUCGAUUCGCACUAAACUCCAUGGUAGAAAAACACUUGAAUUCACAGAUGUGGAAGAAAAUCCCUCCUGCGGCAGACAGCCCAAUGCCUUCUCCAGCAGCACACGUCUCCACUCCCUUUCCAGCGUCCGUCUUACAACCUUUCAGCAACCCCAGUGCAGUAUAUAUUCCGUCAACACCUAUCAGCUCAAGAAUCACUUCUUCUUACAUAAUGACAUCAGCCAUGUUAUCAAAUGCAGCCUUUGUGACGACAUCGGAUACAAAUUCCAUUAUGUCACACACUACAGCUUUUCCUCAUGUGGCUGCAAGCCUAAGCAUCAUGGACUCGACCUUCAAGGCGCCAUCAGCUGUGUCACCAGUGCCAGCAGUCAUCCCUUCCCCAUCCCACAAGCCAUCCAAAACAAAAACCAGCAAAUCCUCAAAAGUAAAAGACUUGUCAUCUCGUAGCGACGAGUCUUCAAGUAACAAAAAGAAAAAGCCGCAGUCAUCAUCAUCCUCGUUAUCUUUGCAGACAUCUUCCUCGUCUUCAUUUUCAGGGUCCCACAAAAAGAACUGUGUCCUGAACACCAGUUCGACUUUGAACUCCUAUCAGGCCACAUCUUCCUAUAACAGUAUGUCUGUGCACAAUACAAACAAUGGAACAAGCCCACUCAGUGCCAAAUUGGAGCCCUCAGGACGGACUUCAUUAUCAAGUAGUUCAACAGACUCAGUGAAACACAUGAGCAUGGUAGUAAGCAGUAUUGACUCUUCUAAUCUGUCUGUACCUUCUCUUGUGCACCAUUCAGGGGACCACUCCCUGGGAGCACAUAAUGCAGUGUCUUCUCUACCCCUUUCUUUCGACAAAUCAGAAGGAAAAAAACGUAAAAACUCUAGUUCUAGUAGCAAAGCCUGUAAAAUCACUAAAAUGCCUGGUAUGAAUAGUGUUCAUAGAAAGAGCACUGCCAACCUUAUUUCUGCGGUGCCAGACCCAACAAGCAGCUCCAUCUCUCGGCAGAUUGGAAAAAAUAGCAGUGUAGCUUUGUCACAAUCCAGUCCUUCGAGUACAUCAAACCCAGUACACAACAGACAACAUUUAGUGAUUUCAGUGGGAACUCUGAGUGUUCGGCAUCUUCCGGGAUCGAUCGAAGCGCAGAGGAUUUCUGCACCAAACUGUAAUGGAUGUUAUCAAAGGUUCGACACACGAAAUCCCCUGGGAGGAAUUCUAGACCCUUAAGAUAACAGAACUUGAUAACCUCAGUAAACAGCUUGAGUGUGCGAGGACAGGCGUUGAGCAGAUUGGCUUGCGUUAAUAGAAUUGCACUGACAGUGUUUCUUAUAGGAUUACUGAAUAAUUUUUUAAUAAAAUACAGAUUUUAUAAUCAGGAAACCAAUGCUAGGUACUGGAACAAUAGUACGGAGGAGUUGAUUUUUAUUUCUACAGUGUUAAAAGUGCACUUAUAUGCUGGUUUAUUUACAUCUUGGGGAAAGGCGAGAGACUGCAAAUAGGGAGAUUAUUACUACUUUCUUUUUUAAAAAAAGAAGGCUUAAGGUAAAUUUUAAGACUAAAAAUGUUUAAGCAAUUAUAAGCAAGGCUAGACCCUUUGGAAAAAAAAGUUUAGAAAUAUUCUUAAAAUAAAUUUUUAUAGUGUUAAUUUUGUAAUAAUUUAUGUUUUGCUAUACUUCAGAGCUAACUGACCGUAUAGUUUCAGAAACAGUAUGAAACUUAGGAAAGUUGAAGCAAUGUUUAUAUUUUUAAAAUGUUCUUUGAAUUAUGUUUUUAUUGUACAUUUCUUCAGACUGAAAAAUGUGUACAUAUCUUUGUUAUUUUUGCACAAUUUUGGUCUCGUUCAGUUUUAGGAGCAGUACUAUGUUGAUUUUUUUUUUUUUUUUUAAUUUAUUUUGAGUUAUAAAACCGCAGGAGUUUAUCAGUCUCAGUAACAAAUCAUCCUCUGUAAUCAACGAGCGGCUGUUUCUGGUUGUUGAGGGAAGGAGCGGUGCUGAGGUGCAGAGGUGGCUUCUGAGGAGCAGCGCUCAGCAGGGGUGGAGGAGCGCCGUGCUGGUGCUCAGAGGCUUCAGCUCCUUCCACGCCUCUUGGGAUUGGAAAGCUGCAAUAUGGAGCCUGUCCUCUGAAUGCUGCUGACUUGUUCCGUUUCAUGCGGCUUACACCUGGCAACAUUGGGGGAAGUGAAGCACCAAGUAAAAUCCCACAGUCUUUCAUCGUCAAGUAAUCAUUAUUUAAUUACGAGUAUUGAAAAUUUCAGCCUGAGAAGUGAAAUGGAAGUAAACAUUUGAAUAAAAUGGAUAUAAACUGGA